AUGGAAGAACUUGUAGCAGAAGCAUGGAGCUUUUCCAAAAGCUUUGACAAAACAGCGUCAGGCUCUGCAUAUCUAGAGUCCCAAAGUCACAAAAUUCUUGCUACUGUAAAUGGGCCUAAAGAAUAUUAUGAGUUAUCAAGCAGUGAAGAAUACGUCCGUCAUUCCCAAGCUACAUUACAGAUUGAGUCUGCCCAUUCCCAAUUUAUUAAAUCUGCCUUUGGAUCUACCAUACUUGUUGACAGAUACCCUAAAGCAGUAAUAGAAAUAAAAAUCCAGAUAAUUGAAGGAAAAGAAAGCACUGCUUUGCCAUUGAUGAUCAAUGCAGCGACUUUAUCACUUUUAGACGCUGGGAUUGAGAUGAGAGAUACGCUAAUUGCCUGCUCUGCUGCAAGAAAUGGAGAAAAAAUAGUAAUUAAUCAAGAAGGAAGCCCACAAGUAAUUGUGGGGUAUUUAGUUAAUACAGAUGAAAUUGUGAUGCUGCAGGAAACUGGGGGUAUAGAUCAAGAAAGGCUGGCUGAGCUGCUGAGAGCUUCUAUAGACUCUUGCAAAACUUUCUUUAACUAUUUACAAAAUAAUUUUAAUUAG